AUGAGUGUAUUGAAUACAACUAACAUGUUUAAUAAUCAACUUAAUUCGUUUACUUCGGGACAUAUAAAUUCCCGUAGCUAUAAUGAAUUAUCCAGUAAAUUAAAGGCCAAUAUUAAAACUAAUAAGUUAUCGCAGCCAUUGCAACAAUACGCAGAGAAUGAUGUACACUACAUCAAGAAAAGAUCAUACAGUGAUUUAUUAAGGGAGAGUUCCGCAUUUGGUGAUAGGGGCAGCAUUAAGGGUCAGGAUACCAAGAGAUCGAGAACCGCACCACCAUCACCACCAUCGCAGCCAUACGAUACGAACUUCCAAGCCAACGGAGUGCCCCAAUUCAAGUUCAAAAGCAUCAAAACAAACAGCAAUGUGAGAUCAAGAUCGUUAUCACCAAAUAAGAAGUUUGUAACAUGUUUGUCGCCAUGUAACUCACCAAGCUUGCCUAAUACUCCACAUUCGUCGCCAUCGAAGAAGCCUACAUUGCCUAGUAUCUCGACGGUGUUACAGUCGACUCCAAUGACACCAAAGGCCCCUCUUAGAUUGAAGCCUAUUACCCCUACUGUUUCGUUGGAUUAUUUUGACACAUACAAGCCAAACGAUGAAAACUGGAGAUACGGCUUAUUGGACACCAUAAAUAAGGGUCCUAAUCAAUUUAACCUCAACCAAUAUGAUUAUCUCAACAAACACAAGAUUAGCCACACUUCGUCGGUUCCAUCGCCGGUAUUCGUCAAGGACAGACCAAGCUUUAAUUCAAGAAUAAGCUCCAAGAUAAUACAGAACUCCAGUCCAAGAGUCAAUACAUUUGACAAGUCGAACUAUCCUCCAUGUAUACAAGAAAAAGUGUAUUCCGAAAGAAAGAUUAAUUUCCCAUAUGAAUCCAAUUACACCUAUUUAAAUAAGACGUACUUGAAUGAUGUCAAGAAAUAUCCUGAAUAUCUUGAGUUAGCGCAUUCUUUGAUUCAAUUAUCCCAGCCUCAAUCUAAUACUCCAGAUUCUCAUUGUCAACCAAUGACCCCAGUUAACACUAGUAAUAAUAAUUCGGUCAAUGACACUAUAAUAGAACCUAUCUAUCAACAAAACGUGUCACAUUCGGUGUAUCCACCAACAUCAACUCCUCCAUCCUCAACUCGUUUACCAAAUCCUCAGUAUAAUUCAUUUUUAGGUAUAAUUUCAGAAGGGCCUACAACGCCUCCAGCUGAGAAUGAUAAUAAGACUAAAUUCAUCCCUGUUACACCUCCUUCGUCCAAGUGUAAAUCGAGGUCUGAAUUGUUAAAAUCAUCACCAAGACAACAGCAUCAACACGCUCCUCGUGUCUGUAUUUCAUGUGGAUCUGAUCAAUCCCCAUGUUGGAGACCCUCUUGGUCGAUUAAAGAAGGGCAAUUAUGCAAUUCUUGCGGUUUGAGAUACAAGAAAACUUCCGCUAGGUGUCUCAAUGAUGAAUGUAAGAAAAUCCCAGCAAAGGGCGAAUGGUCCUUGAUGCAAAGUAAAGGCAAGUCUGUAUUCGAAGAUGGCUUAGAGGGAUAUAGCUGUUUAGAUUGCGGAUGGAGAGUUGAAGUUAAGAAAUAG